UGCCACGUCAGACACAGUGCCACGUAAGCAGUGCCACGUCAGCAACAUGACGGGCCUGCCAGACCAACUGGCCAAUGAGCCUAUUGCCGACUACAAAAAGCGUUUCCAGGCUCAGCUCGCUUUCAUCGAGGCUGAGGAACAACGCCAGCUGGCAGCCGCGGAUGCCCAGCUACAGGCUGAAGAAGCGGCAACAGCAGAGAAGCUGCGGCUACAGGCCGAAGCAGACGCAGAUGCCCAGGCUCGCCGCAAGGAAGCCCAGGAUCUACCGCAGCGGCAUGAAGCCAACAACAUCGAGAGACUCAAGUUCUGGCACUUUGAACCGAACGGUGACGAGGCAACACCGGAAGAACAGCAUAAGGAGUUCAUGGCCAAGCUCGUGACCAGUGCUCUGUUCAUCAACACCAAGGGAGGAUGUCAGAUUUGGCUCAGCCACAUGGCAAUCAUCCACGGCGUCCAGGUUUCAGACCUGUACAAGAAGGUCUCCUGGGAAGAUAUGACAAAGGAAUGGAAGAAGCGGUUCAUCGUCGACGACGCCCCGACACUCGCCAUCAACCGCAUCUUUACGAUGGCUCACGGGAGCACACCGACACGUGACUGGCUCACGGAUUGGCAGAAGAUCGUGGCAACGCCCGAUUUGGACUUGCCAUUUCCGCAUCUGCGCCGUGAGUUCUACAACAGGUCAUGCGCCGCUCUCAGCCUCGCACUUGGUGAUCGCGAGCAGUACAACACGUUCGCAGAGAUCAUCAACAAGGCGAGAGAGAUCAUCAAGACCAACAGGGCGGCUGCACACGAGAAGUCCACGUGGCAGCCAACCUAUGUGGAGAAGGUAAGAACUGGUCCGCGACAGCAGCAGUUCGCUGCAGUCCAAUCGGACAGUGGAGAAGACCCGGCAGCCACUCCAGCAUCACGUGAGGGAGAUCAGGUGGCUGCCGUCCAGCUGCGAAGCAACAACAAACCCCGAGUGAACGGGAAGGCGAAACCAGCAUCGCAGGCCGGAAACGGACAGCCAGCACCACCAUGGGUCAAGUUCAGCUUGACCGAGGCCGAGUACAAGUACCGCAACCUACCGACUCCGUUGAUGGACGUCGGAGUAGAGGUUGUCGACCUUCACGCCUACAUUGCGAAGAUCGGCCGCGAGUUCAAGACGCAACGGUAUGACGACAUCGACGCACCAUUGUUUUAUGUACGCAUUCAGAUCGGAGAGGCGACCUGCAGCGCUUUGAUUGAUUGCGGACCAUCUCGCAACUACAUGAGUCAGGACUUCAUGGUACGCGCCGGCCUUGGCCCACGAGUCCGAAGGAAGUCCCAGCCCACGAAAGUCACAUUGGCGGACGGUCACACGCACAAGUCAAUCGACCGAUGCAUUGAAGACGUCCCAAUGUACUUUGCCCCUCACGCGAGUGAGGCGGUGUCCUUUGACAUUCUGGACACCAAAUUCGACAUGAUCUUGGGCAUGUCAUGGCUGCGAAGCGAGGACCACCCGACGAUCAGAAACGCCGGCCCUCUCCCACGCAUCGACGACCUUCUCGAGCAACUGGGCGGCGCCAAGUUCUUCUCCAAGCUCGAUCUCAAGUCGGGAUAUCACCAACUCGAGAUUCGCAAGGAGGAUCGCUACAAGACCGCGUUUAAGACGCGAUAUGGGCAUUUCGAAUGGCUGGUCAUGCCAUUUGGCCUUACGAAUGCCCCAGCCACUUUCCAAGCGGCUAUGACAACGGAGUUCCGACACAUGCUGGAUCGUUACGUACUUAUCUACCUCGACGACAUCGUGGUGUACAGCCGGACCAAGUACAAAGCCAACCGGGACAAGUGCGAAUUUGCGCGGCAAGAGCUGGAGUACUUGGGACAUUAUGUGACGCCGCAAGGCAUCCGUCCGCUUGCGGACAAGAUCGAGGCCCUACGAGUAUGGCCCGAGCCCACCAACACUACGGAUGUUCGUUCAUUCAUGGGACUGGCGGGCUACUAUCUGCGAUUCAUCAGCGGAUAUUCCAGGAUUGUUGCACCUAUGACGAGGUUACAGUCGCCAAAGGUGCCAUUCGUAUUCGAUGACGACACACACCGGUCAUUCCAAGCACUUAAGACAGCCAUGCUCAUGGCACCCGUCCUUAGCAUCUAUGACCCCACCCUACCGACGCGAGUGACUACGGACGCUUCCGGCUAUGGCAUUGGGGCAGUCUUGGAACAGCACGACGGCGACGACUGGCACCCUGUGGAGUAUUUCAACCACAAAGUGCCUCCCAUCAACUCGCUUGAUGAUGCAAGGAAGAAAGAGCUGCUCACAUUCGUCAUGGCUCUCAAGCGAUAGCGGCACUUCCUCCUUGGGCGUCGUAGGUUCACAUGGGUUACGGACAACAAUCCAUUAACUUACUACAAG